CCGAUGACGCAAGGCGCAGCUGCCUCCGCAGCCUACACCACGCCCCCGCCUCUGGGAGUUGAAGUUUCCAAGGGGCGACUCCUGCACCGCGUCCAGGAACAUUCCAGAAAGACGUUCUCCGCGAGCUCUGCCGUCUUUAACAGCACGCCAGCUCGAAGCACCAAAUGUCAUCUGAAAUGUCACCAGCAUUUACUGAGCCUUCUAGUGUUGAAAGAAAGGAAGACUUAAGUGAAGGUCAAGAGGAGAGCCAGAAGCCAAGAGCAGGUGAAGGGGCUGAAUCAAUGUCGAAACGACAAAUGAAGAAACUAAUAAAACAGAAACAGUGGGAGGAACAGAGAGAGCUCCGCAAACAAAAGCGGAAAGAAAAACGCAAGAGAAAAAAAUUAGAGCGACAGUGUCAACUAGACUCAAACUCUGAUGGAAGUGACAGAAAACGUGUGCGAAGACAUGCUGUUCACAGCACACUCCGCCUUGUCAUUGACUGUAGUUUUGAUAACUUGAUGGUAUUAAAGGACAUUAAAAAGCUUCAUAAGCAGAUUCAGCGAUGUUACGCAGAAAACCGGCGGGCCCCACACCCUGUGCAGUUUUACUUAACGAGCCAUGGAGGCCAGCUGAAAAAGAAUAUGGAUGAAAAUGACAAAGGAUGGGUCAACUGGAAGGAUAUCCAAAUCAAACCAGAACACUAUACUGAGCUCAUAAAGAAAGAAGACUUGAUUUAUCUGACAUCAGAUUCACCUAAUAUACUGAAGGAAUUAGAUGAAUCAAAGGCAUAUGUGAUUGGAGGACUAGUAGAUCACAACCAUCACAAGGGAAUCACGUAUAAACAAGCAUCAGAUUAUGGAAUCGAUCAUGCACAGCUCCCCCUUGGACAUUUUGUGAAGAUGAAUAGUCGGAAAGUUUUGGCAGUUAAUCAUGUGUUUGAGAUUAUUCUAGAAUACCUGGAAUCAAGAGAUUGGCAAGAAGCAUUUUUUACUAUCUUACCCCAAAGGAAAGGAGCUGUUCCUACAGAUAGAACAUGUGAAAGUUCUUCCCAUGGCGAGCAGUCUGCCCAGGCUGAAGGUGGAUGGGACAGUGAUUCCAGUGAAGGAGAGGAUGGCAGAAAUGAACUAGAUUCACCAAACACAGAAGACAAACAGGAUAAGGAAACCAGCUCUGAGUCUACCGUGAGUGCUGCACCACACUGAUGCUACCUGUACUUUUAGCUUAAGGGAAAAGUUAAGAAGAAGUGAAACAUUUCAUAGGAAGUUUAAAUUGAAAGAAAAUUUUAUUUCUCAUUUCUGUUGCAAACUUAAAAAUUUUGUAAGUUGAAUGAUAGUAUAAAGUUCUUUAAGCUCUGUAAGAAAGAAAAUUUUGCUUUUUGCAGC